GGGCGACCAUUUCAUUUCUUUGCCCUUGUGACUUCUCAGGUGGACAUCCGCUUCCAAAACAUGUCCAGCGGAUAAAAUACUAUCAUGCCUGCAAGUUCUUAUCAAGGUCAUCCAUCCUGGCGUGAGGCGGCUUCUUUUUUCCAGGUUGUCCUCCAACUAUUCAGUGUAACUGAUGCCAUCCAACACAUUCCAUCCCCCCUCAAUGCAAGUCGCAGAGAAAGGCUUGGAGGAGAGCAAGGAAAAUGCCACCGUCCAAGGGCCCGACCCCGACUCUGAAUUUGGCGGUUAUGAAGCGCGGAAGAAACUCGAGAAGAAGUUGUUGUGGAAGCUCGAUACCAGAAUGUCGAUCUUGGUGGUGAUCUAUAUCCUGAACUACAUCGAUCGUAAUAAUGCGGGUGCAGCACGAUUACGAGGUCUUCAGACAGAUCUUCAUCUCCAAGGUCAAGAGUUCGCAACCUUGCUCUCCAUCCUCUACGUUGGGUACAUCAUCAUGCAAAUACCUUCUAACAUGUUCCUCAAUUACAUCGGAAAGCCAUCGCUGCACUUGCCUAUCUGUAUGAUCAUAUGGGGAGUCAUAUCCUGCCUUACUGGUAUUACUACCAACUUCGUAGGCGCUCUUCUCACCCGAUUUUUCCUCGGCUUCGUCGAGGCAGCCUUCUUUCCGGGCUCUCUCUUCCUCAUCUCAAAAUGGUAUAAGCGCGACGAAAUCGGCCUGCGUACUGCCAUCCUCUAUUGCGGUAACAUUAUCAGCAACGCCUUUGGUUCCCUUAUCGCGUCUGGCAUUCUCGGCGGCAUGAACGGAGUUCUGGGUCACCAAGCGUGGAGAUGGCUUUUCUAUAUCGAGGGCAGCCUCACAGUAUUUGUCGCUAUAUGCGCAAUCUUUAUCCUGCCCGACUUUCCCACCACCACGCGGUGGCUCACUGACGAAGAACGACGGCUCGCGAUGCUGCGUAUGAAGGAGGACGCCGCGGGAAUGGGGGAUCAAGAUGAGACGGAACAAGGGGGACAAGUAUCUGGGUUGUAUCUCGCUCUGACCGACUGGAAAGUGUGGUGGUUCUCGUUCGCGAUGUUGGCACAAGUGAUCGCGCUGUCGUUCAAUGCAUAUUUCCCAACUUUGAGCGCUACGUUGGGAUACAACCCGACAGUGACGCUCCUGCUUUGUGCGCCACCAUUUGUGUUUACGGCAUUGUUUGCGUUUUAUCUGUCUAGACGGAGCGAUAAAGCGGGCGAGCGAUUUUACCAUAUGAUCGGGUCGUAUAUCACUGGUAUCAUCGGAUUCGUGAUCGCGAUCAGCACGAUGAACACAGCUGCGCGAUAUGUGUCCUUAUUCUUGAUGGCGCAGUCAUACGCAGGAUUUGUGGUGAUGUAUGCGUGGAUGAGCAACUCAUUCCCCAGACCGCCUUCGAAGCGUGCGGUGUCGCUGGCGUUGAUCAAUGCGUUCUCGCAGCUGGGAAAUGUUGCAGGAUCGUACAUAUGGCCGUCGAACUGGGGACCGACGUACCGAUACUCGUAUGGGAUAUGUAUUGCGACGAGCGGAACUGCGGUUGUGAUGAGUUGGGUGUUCAGACAGCACUUGGCGUAUCUGAACCGGAAGGCGGAGGAAGAGGAGGAGGAGAAGGGGAUGGAGAAAGGAUACCGAUACCUGCUGUGAGGAAGAUAUUGUGUGAUUGUAGUAUAGUGAAGAUGAUUGGAAAUGCAGCGAUGAGAUACGAAGAAGUGUAGCGUUUGAGACUCGUGAUGGAAUCUGUCGGGUAAGAACAAAGGGAAGAAGAUAGUGAGUAAUGGAUUAGGGCAAGGAGAGAGACAGGUGAUGAUGGAGUAGAGCGGU